AUGAAAUUCAAAACAACUACAAAUCUAUCAGGAACAGUUCCUUUAGCCAAAUAUGUUAAUGAUAAAACUUAUUAUCGUCAUGCAAUCCAGCCGGAAAUCUACUCAGGAUCAGACUUGGUGCUCUCUCUUGUGGAUGAUGAGCAAAAUGUGAUUCUAUUAUCAGCAAGCUGUACAGUUUCUGUAAGACCUAUUUGGCGAGAAAAGAUCGAAAAGCAGUUAACCAAGUCAUGUCUUGGUGAUAUUCCCGCAAAUAAUGAAGAGGAUGAGGUUGACACGGAAGAGGAAAAUUUUUUCAUUUAA